GUGACGUGUUUGCUGUGAGGAAUGGGUGCACGGCACGUUACGUUUAGAUCAGAUUAAGCGGAGCUGCCCUUCAAAUAAACGGAUAUCAAUUCUUCCCACCUAAUGGACAUUGGGUGAAAUCUCUGACCAACUGUGUUGACAUCGGACUUGGGUGAGCCUGUGCAGUGCACAUCUGUAUGUUUUUGAAGUUUCUACCUGCUUUUCUUUGACGCUCAUAUCAACAAGUGAUUGACCAUGGGAGUCAUUAUGUCUGCCUUAAAAGGCUUGGUUGGAAAGAAAGAAAUGCGAAUUCUGAUGGUCGGUCUUGAUGCUGCUGGAAAAACCACCAUUCUUUACAAAUUAAAGCUUGGAGAAAUUGUUACCACAAUACCCACCAUAGGUUUUAAUGUUGAGACCGUGGAAUAUAAAAACAUCAGUUUCACUGUGUGGGAUGUGGGUGGCCAGGAUAAAAUCCGACCACUGUGGCGUCACUACUUUCAGAACACACAAGGGUUGAUAUUUGUCGUUGACAGUAAUGAUAGAGAGCGUGUGACUGAAGCACGUGAGGAACUGAUGCGAAUGCUUGCAGAGGAUGAAUUGCGAGAUGCUGUUCUACUCGUCUUUGCCAACAAACAGGAUCUGCCGAAUGCAAUGAAUGCGGCUCAAAUCACAGACAAGCUGGGCCUGCACACCCUGCGCUGCCGACUCUGGUAUAUUCAGGCCACGUGCGCCACCAGUGGUGAGGGGCUCUGCAACGGUCUGGACUGGUUAGCCAGUCAGUUGAAAAAGAAGUGAUGACUGCUUUCCAAGGAUUGUGUUUGGAAAGAUUGACUGUCCUGAUGAGGUGAAUUUAGCCACACUGACUUUUUUUUUUUACUUUCAUCAUUUCCUUGGGGUGUGGUGUCUUCUGGUUACUGUCUUGAAUCGGGGAUGCAGGCAAUAGUGUCUCUUUGACUUUAUUGUAGUCUCUCUUCCAAGACUCUCGUCAAGCAGCUCCUGUUGGCUUAAUGUGAGAAACUCAAAUCUGAACUGGACCUGUGCAGAAAGAUUUAACGAACCAACAAUGCAUCAAGAUUUCAUUCGAUCAACAGUGCAUUUGCCACAUUCCGAUAAGUGGAACGUUUUGCUCGUGUUUUUAAAUUGCGCUUUUUGAAUACUGCUUUAAAAACUACAACAGUUCUGUUCAUUUUCCCCAUGCUUCAUUGUUGCAGUCUCUUUCUGCUGUGGAUUAGUAAGUUGUUCUGGGUAUGUUUUAGAUUUUUGUUUAAUGCAUAGCCAGUGACGGAAUAGGUACUGUAAAACUGGCCUUAUUAAACACUUUACCUGUCCACCUCUGCAAAA